CAUUACUCGCCUUUUUAAGCGUCUCCAAUCUUUCCACAGCACCAAUUCUCCGGACUUCGAAGACAAGAAAGAAGCCCUGUGAGUCGUUUCAAUUGCACUGGUCAAAAACUCAGGCCUAAUUCCUCCUUUAGGAGCAAUCAAAAUGUUUAAGCCCAACCCGUCCGCCAUCCGGACACUGGCACUGUCCUCCCGAUCCCUCCUCCGUCCACAGGCCUCUAGCGCUCGACGAUGGCUGCAUGCUCAGGCACAGAAUACGACUCGGACGAACACAAAAUUUCUGGUUGCAGCUGCUGCCGGAACGCUCGCGGGCUUCGUAGCAUACCAGGGACUCGAGAUCGGCGGUGAUGUCCAUGCAGAAGCACGUACUGCUCCUGGGGAGCAGACGAUGAAUCUCAGUUUGCAGCAUCUGCAAGUUGAGAGUGCGCUCGCGAAUCCUGGAGUCUAUGCUUGGGGCGAUAAUAGUGGUAAGGUGAUUGCAUCGGAUUCGAAGGAGAAGGUUAUCAAGACUCCUCGACGACUGCCGUUCUUUGAUGGUAUCCUCUUGAGAGAUCUUCAGUUGGGUCAAGAUGCUGGUGUGGCCGUCAACGACAAGGGAGAUGUCCUGCAGUGGGGCAAUGGCUACUCCACUGGAAUCCAAACACCAGAGCCCACCCUCAAAGGCAAAAACAUCGAGCGGGUUGUUCUGACCAAAGACAAAGUCAUCGCCCUGUCUAAAGACAAGACAAUCUACACCUUCCCCAUUGCCAAAGCGCUCCAGCACGACGGCACGAAGGUCACCGAAUCGUCCUGGAUACCUGGAAUGAGCUCCACUUCCGACAUCGCCUACCGCGUUCUGAAGCCCGAGCUCGGCUACUUCGAGACUAUCAAGGACAUUGCUGCUGGCCGCGAGCACCUUCUAGUCCUUACCUCCAACGGCCGCGUCUUUUCCUCGGCCGCUGCAUUCAUCUACCCUUCGCGCGGCCAAAUGGGAAUUCCCGGGCUCCGUUGGGAAACCCGGCCAGCCGGCAAGCCCGCCGACACCCUCCAGGAGAUCACCUCCCUGGGCUUGCAUAAGAUCUCCCAGAUCGCCGCUGGCGACUACCACUCCGCCGCUCUCUCCACCACCGGCGAGGUCUUCACCUUCGGUGACAACGUCCACGGCCAGCUCGGCUUUGAAUACAACCCCGAGACCAACAUCUACGACGUCCCCACACAGCUCACCCUUACGCCCCUCUACCCCGCCAAAUCCACCACCGCAAAGAUCACCUCCAUCACCGCCGGCGGCCUGAACACCUAUCUGCAGGUUGACGUCACCGCCGCCAACAACCGUACCUCGAGCGAAGUCCUCUCCUGCGGCACCGGUAUCUACGGAAACCUCGGCAAUGGCCGCUGGACGCACAUGCAGGGCACGCCCACGAAGAUCAAGGCGCUCAGCAACCUUUACGAGUUCAACGAGACCACGCAAUCCACCGAACCGAUCCGCCUCAGCGCGCUCCUUGCAGGCGCCACCCACGCCGCAGCAAUCAUGUCGACCUCCGCUACUUCAGAUUUCGGUGCCGACGUCCUGCUGUGGGGCAAUAACGAGUUCUACCAGCUCGGCACAGGCAAGAGGAAUAACUCCAGUGUCCCCGUGUAUAUCCAGCCGCUGGACGGUGUUCCCGCUACGAUACUCGCGGAUACUAAGGCGUUCACGGGUAGCAGCAGUCGUGGUGAGAGCGCAAGACAGAGUGGUAUCAUUGGCGGUGCGGGAGAUACGGAGAGUGCGAGGAUUACCGGCGGCGAACAGGUACACAGAUUCCAGAUCGCGAGCCAUGGGAAGACGAAGGAUGGAAAGAAAACGGCGCAGACGGUCGUUUGUGGACGUGGGAACUCGGCAGUGUUUAUGAAGGCCUUGUAGAAAGAGGAAAAGGCAACUUUCCGUUAAGUGUAUCAUAGCUUGUAAAACGUAGUG